AUUAGGCCCAUUUCCUGUUCCACUCACACUAAACAUGUCUCACAUUCUCUUGAUACUUGGUUCUAUUUCUUUACAUAUCGGCUUACUUUUGUUUUCUUUGCAGCCUGCAGUCUGUAUUGCGAGAUCAUUGACUUGGGAGAAACUAGAGUCAGAAAUAUUCAAUCUAGAGAAUCUUCAAGCGUCUAAAGCUUCCAUACAGAAAAAUGAUGUGAUCAACGCCUUGGUCAACGAUUAUAAUGCCAUUAGCUCUAAUUUUUUCGACAAAGUUAACCCAAAAGUUUUGAAAGAAUGUGGCAAUGAACUGGCUAAAGUUGCCAUUGCUCAUGGACUGCACGUGUUCUGCUAUUACGUGCGGAACCUGUUCAAAGACGAAGAUCUCUCUAGCUGGGAUUAUUUCAAGUUUAGAGACAAUCCUAUAGCUUUACUUUGCUUUGAUUCGGAAACUUUCUACAUACUGAAUACCCAGUCAUUUUACGAAGCAGACAUUUUCUUCAAGAAGAACAUGACAGAAGUCAUUGGCACACGAACUAUGAAUGCCGUGGAGCACCCGGGUCAGAUCGUUGACUACUUUGAUGAUCUAUUACCCAAAGACCCAUCCACGGACUUAAUUCAAUCGGAAGUGAAUCUGGCUAUCAUAAAGAUCAUGGCUGAUUAUUGGAAGAGGAUUGGUAUCAACGACGUGAAACAAAUGGAACGUAUUCGCCCCUACUAUCAGCUCGAUCCAUUUUUAAUCAUUUUGAUACCAGACAGAAUUGUGAUGAAUGGGUUAUUCUACACGAAUGAAGUCAUUAUGAUGAACACUUUAGGUCGACUACUGCUAGAAAAGGUCAUCUCCGUCAGCGCAAGUUUUAACAGAGCCAAGGAUAUUGGUACAUCGACUAUUCGCUUUGUUGGCCAGCUGGCCAUUGGUUGGGACCCAGACGUCUUGUAUGGAAUAAAUCCAGGAGUUCUGAAAGAAAAUAUUCAUCUCUUGAGGAAAUACCAAUUUGACAAAAUACAGACUGAGAAACUGGCUUUGGCAUUAGUUGAGAGUUACGGAGAUUACUUCGGACUGGAUGAAAUGGUACAAAUGGGCUACAUUGCGCAAGGCUUGUCGGCAGAAACACUGCGCAAAAUGAAUAAUUUACAUAUCCAUGCGCCUUCAUUAGAUGGUCUGGCUCUCAGUGAAGUACCAAUGAAGGUACUAGUAAAUAAGGUUAUCCAAAACAAUCCUAAAGAGUUAUUGAAACUGAAAAGGUUGGCGGCCAUAGCAAGUUCAUCCACUCUGAGCAAGCUGCUGACAGAUUCGUUUGUGUAUGACAAUAUAGAGGAAGUGAAAAGAGUUCGCUGGACAUUUGAGCAAGCCAUCGUUCUGUGUGAGAAAUACAAGAGAGCGAUGCAGCGUCCCUUAACAACGAAGGACCUGGUAGGCUUAGGGACACUUCUCAAGGGCGUGUCUAAGGUGGAGCUCAUGGGCCUGAUGAAAAAUGAGACCGAUGUCAUGAAUCUGUGCUACCGUCUCCCAGAGGAGGAUUCCACUUCCACACAGAUACAAGGUAUUGUAAUGACCUUUAGAAAAGCGACACGGUUGAGUGAGAUUAUCAAGGUCAGCCUGAAUCCAGAGCAAGCUUUCAAACUCUCCAGGCAUCUGGCACACUUGUAUCCACAAUAUUUGAAGAACUUAAAACUGACCCCAGUCAGUGCAGACAUUCUUAUCAAAAGGCUGUCGACCAUGUCCAUAGUCAAACUACCAAUCCAACAGAUCAAGUACUUGUCCAAAUAUUUGCAGACUUUUAUAUUAAAAGAUGUUCACAUCGCCCCGGAAGACCAGGAUGCAGCUAUCCUCAGCAGACUUGGUGUGAUGGCACUGGGUCUCACGUCAGAGGAAAUCAUGAAACUAAGUCCUGCCACCGUCGUCAAGAGUCUGGACACACUGGGUCAACUGCCCCUAUCGGCUGCCCAGUCUCAAGCUGUGAUGACCAUGCUGUACAAAGCUGAGCCAAAAUGGAAAUGCAAGCUUCAUAUUGUUGGUAGGACUGGAACUAUGCUUCAGUUUGAUUCAGAUGUCUUUAAAAUCAAUUGUCACGAGACGAUCGCCAGGGCAGCGACACGUUUCAUUGAGCAAGUCAUUCAGCGAGACGCCAUUUUAGAUGCCCGUAGAAAGGCGGGCUUUGUGAGAGAGUCAGAGCUAGACAACAGUGACAAGGGCAUGGAAGGUUUUGUGACCAAGAUAUUUGACGCUCUGGCUAGAGCGACACCUGUGGAGGAUGACAUCACAAGUUCAAGGAUUCAGAUCAAAACACUUUCUUGUACUUACCUCAAGAUGCUGAAGAGUGCUGUAUCCCAUGUAGCACCUGGCUACUUCACCUAUAUGCCGCAGUCUGAGCUGGCCAGGUGCAUACCCUACCUUGGUCAAGUGAAAAGGUGGACGGCUGACCAUGUUGAAGCUCUGCUGAACCUGAUUCUAGAAUACACUGGUAUAGACUUCAAACGUUGGAAUGAGACACUUAUACAGGACAUGGGAAGUUUACUGUCUGGUCUCAGCGCUAGCCAACUGAGUGAGCUGAGGAUUUAUGAAGUGGAGAGUUUGAACAGAAUCGCCAGUGGACCAAAGUUGUCAUAUGACAAAGGUACAAUUUUAGUCCAGAAUUGGCUGUACAGAGUUAAAGACGGUAAUAUUGGUAGACUCAAGAUUGAAGAGUUCUCCUCCUUGUCGCAGUUAUUGUGUGUAUUUAACCCUCAAGAGAUCAUGAAUAUGCCAGAUACAUUGAUUUUAGAUGGCUUAAAGAGCAUCAACAGACAAACAUGUUCCCAUGAAGUGGCUCAGGCCUAUUUGAAUAAACUCUCUAAAAUCAUGGGAGACAUAAAUGUAUACAAUUGGCCACGAAACAUCAUUAUAGAGGCUUCAUCACUCAUAAGUUUUGUCAAUCCUGAUCAGAUCUUAAAUUUAAAACCACAGCAACUCGCAGAGCUUCCCCCAGGAGUAAUUUACGACAUGCCUCCGGAUAUAUUUCAGAAACUCAGUGUUAUGCAGCUCACGUUCUUAAACCCUGUGCAGUCCGAUGUCAUCAAUGAGGUUCAGUACAAUGGCCUAGACAAACCUAAACAGCUAGCCUUGCACUUCUAUGCAGCCUACGCAAGAUGUUCCAUGACCACACCUAGCCACAUCUCUAGCAUUGGGAUAAUGGUGUUCUUUUCUUUGGCCAUAUGCUAAAAACCAAAAUGUGCCAAACGUUGUCACAAAUGUUUGUGAUAGAACAAAUGUAAUAAAUAGUUGAGUCAGA